AUGGCAUCGAGCACGGCUGGGGCGACGAUCUCGCUGCCGUCUUUUGCGUCCUCCUUUGAGAUGACUCAGCAGCGGACCUCGCCGCGGGCACGAUCGGCCCAUUCGUCGCGGUCCAACUCGCGCGAGCCCCGUCCCCGACAUUUCCGACCCUAUCCCGAGAGCAACACCCGAGGAGCACCGCGCGAUGAGCGGUCCAGGAAGCGCCCUGCCCCCAUUGACGAGGCCGAUGGGGACGGCGACGUUGGGAUGCAGAGCGAUCGCGAGCAAGACGGAGACGACGAGUCGAGUGGGUCGUCGUCAGGGCCGGUGAAGCAAGAGCAAGUGUCGGAUGUAGAGCAGUCGCCGUCGCCGCCUCCGACUCCAGCGGGGGGACGAUCUGUACGGUAUGCGCAUGCCCUUCCCCAGCCAAUUGCAAGUGCACAGACCCAGUUUGCACCCACGCCUCCUGCCAGUGCCCACCGAGUCUCUCCGCCACACAUUGCUCUCCCCACAUUACCUCAGCACCAGAGGGAUGCCCACCUCACCCUCCCCCCGAUGCUCCAUCCGCCCCCCGAGCCCCAGCAGACAUACCACACUUACCACAACACUCACUCCGAGCCACUCGCCCGCAAGCGCCGUCGUGUCACCAUCAGCGGUGUCGCUGCAGGCAGCCAGGCUGCUCCGAGGCCCCUCCACCGCACUGUACUCGAACGAGCCAACAAUGGUUUCCAAUCUCACAAUCCCCAUCAGCGUCGACGGCGACCCCAGCCACCCGACGGCCAUGAGUGGCAUGGUGUCCCCCGUGGUUACCCCCGGUUUCAAUAUGAAUUUGCCAGGCGCUCUGGCUCAGGUGCGGGAUACCAUCGCGAUCCGCAUGGAGCAAAAGGCCCUCAUCGAGCAGAGGAAAAACGGCGGUGCGGCCAAUGUCACCGUCACAACGCCCCAUACUCGCACUGCGCCCCAGCCCCCACCUCCCCUUGCUCGCACCCAGAGCUCCCCGGCUGCACAGAGUUCGGCUCUCCCGCCCCCAACGACAAACUCCCCUCUGCAAAACACAAACACAAACACAAUACUCCCCCCUCGCUUCCUACCGCCAGUACGCCCACAACCCUCACAGGUCCUCCUCCCCAGACUCAGACCCUCGCACACCGCCGCGGCAAGGCUUCCAGCAAGCUUACUAUUCACACUCCAAAUUCUUCUAUUUCUUCCACUCAAGGUGCUCCCGGAAAUGCUACGGGCGGCCUUGGGCUCAGUGGAGCUGGGUCCAAUCCUCCUUUGGGCCCACCUGGUCCCACGUCUAGGCUAGCCGUACCCAACAUCGAGGUCGCCAUUCGAAGCGCACCUCCCAAUGUUACCCGAUUCAAUCCUGCCCAGAUUCAACGUCCACACCCGGCCCAACCUCCCCCUCCGCCUGCUCUGCGUACAGCUCAGCCCCCACCCAAGGAGCGUUCUGUUCCCAUCCGGCGCAUGCACGCCAACAGCACUGCCGCUCCGGGGGUCCCUCCUGGCCCCUUGGCCGUCGUUGCUGCUGGCCAGCCCCUAGUCCUCAAUGCACCCGCACCACCCUCGUCGUACAUUCCCACUCCGACCCGGACGCAGUUCCCUCCGCACACGCCUCACCCCCAGCCUCCCCGGACCGCACGUCCACCCACGAGCCCGCCGAUUUCGAGAAAUGCGUUUAUGGCGUUUUAUGAUGCCUAUGCCGAGCGUGAGACGGAGCGGAGGGUCGAGCUUGCGGUGCAUGAGAUGAAAGAAGAAAUUAGGAUGUUGCGUGAGGAGAUCAGGAGGGGACAUGAUCGUGAACCGGGUAUCCGCCUUAUCACCGGGACAGAUUACGGUCGUGAACGAACCGACUCGACGUUUACUCGCGAACGGGGGGACUCGACCUAUACCCGCGACUGGGACCGCCGUCGGGGCGGAUCGGCCAGUGUGAACCAAUCUCCGAUGCAGCUUGACAAGCGACCGCUGCCUGGUCAUCCGGACAAGAUGCAACUCGACAAGCCGAUCGAACGUCCGGCGUUGCCAGGUCCUGGCGAUCGGUUGCCUCCCCCACCUGGUGAGCGCAUCCCAGGACCAGGUGAACGUCUGGGCCCGGGCGACCGCAUCGUCGGACCAGGCGAACGUAUCCCUCCUCCGCCUCCGCCACCUGCUCCCGGAACAAGCAACGACAAACUUCACAAGCCGGCUCCUCGUUCUGCACUUCGUAAAUCCCCUAGCGGCCGUAACCUCCAAAGCUCCCUGAGUCCUACGAGCCGUGCUCCUAGUAUAGGCGCAACACCCGGACCUGGUGGGAAUGGAGCCGGGCCGGGUGGUGAAACAGGAGUCCAGACGCGUGCUCAGCAGCAACGUGUGAGGACCAAGUCACCUGGCGGUGGAGACAAGUCUGGGUCCGGAUAA